AUGAUCAACGGCUUGAUCAUCGCGGCCAUCAUCAUCAUCACGCCCAAGCGCAUCGGGCACUGGUUCAACAACCUCGCCGACUCGCUCAAAGACAUGGGGUUCCUAGGCAUGGUGCUGAUCAGCUUGUGUGUCAUCGCGUCCUCCCACCCGCCGUUGUUCGGGUUUUCGGCGUGCAUGACCAUGAUUGGAUUCGCGUAUGGGCUGUGGUUCGGCAUCUUCUUGGGCAGCGUCGCGUCAUUGAUGGGCGCGGCGCUCGCGUGGUUCUCCGUUCGCCACUUCUUCCUCGACUGGAUGCGCAAGUUUGGAGCAAGCAAAAACAAGCAGUGGGAGGCGUUUGGGUGUGUUAUGCGCGACAAGGGCUUACCGCUCGUCGUCAUGAUCCGGUGGUGCCCACUCCCAUGGGCCAUUGGCAACGGCCUCUUCGCCUCCAUCGACGGCGUCGAGUUCCACCACUACAUGAUUGCCAAUCUCGCAUUCAUCCCCCGCCUGGCCAUUCCGGUGUUCAUCGGCUCCCGCCUCAACUCGAUGAGCGACGGCAAAGACGUUAAACCUGACCCGCUGCGCUUUUGGCUUAACCUCAGUUCUAUAGCGCUCUCGUUGGUCGUCUCCGUCGGGACUGGUACUCUGAUCUACCGUCUGACUCUGCGUCAAAUGCGCAGAAUGGAGCACGAAGGCCACCCAGACGAGGGUGAGCUUGCCGCUGAGGCUUUCGAGAGCACAGCUCUCUUGGGCGACUUUAGCGACGAGGAGGUUGAUGAGGAGCUUGUUCCUCGGCAGCAGGUGUAGUCGACGAACUUGCAAACAUCCUACGUCCUCCUACAAGCCCUUUAGACAGAAAUAGACUCAAGAUCAUGAACACUGUAUCAUACAGCACUAGCCCCCCUAGCGGGUGCGCAAGAACCCGCAAUGUAUGAGGAUGUAUGUAUCGCUGUUUGCUGAGC